AUGGCCACCCGCGCCUCGAACGCCAAUGAGCAUGUGGCGCCUUCGCCCGACUUGCCUGAACGUUCGCAACCUCCCCCAAGCAGACCCGCAGAACCGCCAAUUCCGCCUCGUGCGACCUCCCUAGAUGUGGAGAGACUCUCGGACAAUGGCACAACAUCGGGACGUAAGCGCAAGCUUCAUAGCAUGUCAUCAAGAGGUGUCGCCAAUCUCACUCCCGAUCAGUUGGCAAAAAAGCGGGCCAACGACCGCCAAGCGCAGCGUGCAAUUCGAGAAAGGACCAAGGGCCACAUAGAAGCUUUGGAGCAACAGGUCCGAGACCUGUCAUCACAAAAACCUUACCUCGACCUUCAAGCAGCUCUACGCGAGAAUGAGACUAUUCGGUCGGAGAAUGCAGAGCUCCGUCAAGGGCUUAAGGCGGCAAUGGACAUUCUUAAACCAUUGAUGGCUAAGCCAGAAUUAUCAGAUACAUCUCCAUUAGCUAUACCCAAGCCCGCCCCGCCCCCUUCGCAUACCUCCCCAUUGCCCGACCCCGAUCACCUCACCUCCAGCAGUCAGGUACUGCUUCCAGGCGAGAAAUCAUAUGCCGAGUCUUCUGCCAGCUUAGAUACGCCUUCUCCGACUCAUUCUGCACCCCUCCUCGGGAGUCGCCGCAAUAGCACCAAUGGAGGCCCUCUAUCGGCCUCUCUCCGUGUCGCAUGGGACUCGCAACGACAUGAUAUCACACAUGGCCUAGACCUCGGCUCCGAGGAACGUCUAGGGUUUAACUUCCUCCUUGAUGCUUUGCAUAGUGUCCCAAAAGUCGAGCGGCUUCACCGCAGCCACUCAGAAAACCUCCGCUGUUCACAGCUGAAUUCUCCCUCAUCGAUAUACCCACAUCCUUUGACUACUACCUCUGAACAUGGGCCACCUGCAUUCGCGGCUCCAAUCCAAAACCUACCUGCGACAUGUCCUUUGGACAACAUUCUUUUGGAUUUUCUUCACAGCCGGCAACGCGAGGCGGCUCAAGGCAUCCCUAGACAGAAUUUAGCCGGGCCACCGUACCCGAGUGUCUCUUCAUUGCUGAACCCGGAGAGGAGCGUCUACUCCCACCCAGUAUCAAAGGUUUUUACAGAUAUCCUGCGCGCCUUUCCGGACAUCUCGUCUUUGCCGGAGCAGGUUGCGGUGCUGUACACCAUGUUCCUUCUCAUGCGCUGGCAGAUUUACCCUACGCAAGAGAACUAUGAGCGACUCCCAGAGUGGUUUACUCCGCGCCCAACACAAAUUCUGCAUCCACACCCUGCUUGGAUGGAUUACGUUCCCUGGCCGGGGAUGCGUGAUAGGAUCAUUACAAAUUAUCAGAACUACCCCUUUGAGAACUGGUUCAUACCAUUUACACGUGGGAUGUGCCUCAAUUGGCCUUACGAGGAUACGGACUGUUUGUUGUCAGCCGGCGAAUCGGAUGAGCUGGUCAUCAACCCCGUCUUCGAACGGCAUAUGAGGAAUUUGUCUAAUUGGUCUUUGGGGCCCUGCUUUGCGGAGGCUUAUCCCUCCUUGGCAGACACUACACUAAUCAAGCCGAAAGCCCAGCGCAACGCCUCAUGCGCAGCAGACUCACCAAGGGGGUAUACAAGCACUUAA